CGGCAUCGUUCUGCCGCAUCACCGCGUUGCGCGGUGCUAUGACGCCGGCGCCAUGGCGGACCUGUCAGCGGUGCUGGAGGUGUUGCGACAGCGCCACGAAGCAGAUUUGCAAGCCUGGGGCUGCGCCGCCUUGCGGAACCUCACAGAGGAGGGUGGAGCUGACUUUCGGCAGAAAGCCUUGGAACAUGGAGCUCUAGAGUUAGUGCUCUAUGCUUUGGAAAGGCACGAGGCGGUGGCACAGGUUCAGGAGUGCGGUCUCGCUGCUUUGAGCGGCUUCGCCAAAGGCGAGAGCCACGACUCGGUGGCUGCUGGUGGAAGCAACGGCCUUCGGCUGGCGUUGAAGGCUGUGAAGGAGCAUUCCGCCCACGAAGAGGUUUGCAGAUGGGCCUUGUCAGCCUUGAGUGAACUGCUUCGUUGUGAGAAGAUGGCGGAGGAGUUGGGGAAAUACAGCUUUCUGGAUCUCAUUUCCUUUGCCAUGCAACGGCAUCCGCACGCGGCUCAAGUUCAGGCCUGUGGCAUGGCCUUCCUGGGUCGUUUCUGUCUGAAGUCCGACGCCACCCGCGUGGCGGCGGUGGACAAAGCAACUCGAGGGCUGGUCUUCAACGCCAUGGAGGCGCACCUUGGAGCUGUGGAAGUUCAAGCCUGUGGCAGCAGCGCCAUCGGCGCCUUUGUCUUACGAGGUGGGCACCAAAGAAGCAUGGCCGAGAGCCGCGCACCAGAACUCUUGUUGGAAGCCAUGCGUCAGCACGGCAGCAAUGCAACGGUACAAGAGAAGGCCGCCAACGCACUCCGCCUGGUGGUGGGCAGCGACGGCUCCGUGGCGUUGCGCCUGGGAGCGGCGGAGGUCCUGGUCUCCGCCCUACGCCUCCACACCGCCGAGCGCGUGUUGAGCGCCUGCCUCGCCACGCUGCAAAGCCUCACGGCGUCGCCGGCGCCCGUGGCGAAGCAGUUUGGCUUUGCGGUGCUGGCGCCGAAGACACCCAGAGAGUGUGACGCAGAGCUGCUGAUGCAGAUUUUGCGCCGGUACCCGGACAGCUCCAUCCUGGAUCCGGCUCUGGCCUUGCUGUGGGGCACUUUGGAGAAGGAGGGGAUCAGCGAUGCCGCGUCCGCCGUCCACCUGGCCGCCGGUGCCUUAGACGCGGCGGCGCCGAAGACGGUGACGCUGGCGGCGGCGGUGCUGAGCCACGCGGCGGACGCGGCGCAGAGCGCGGUGCCCGGUAAGGUGGGCAAGCAGCUUUUGCGGGUCAUCAAGCUCCAUCCACAGAAUCGGAUGUUGCAGGAACGUGCUUGGGAGGCGUUGCUCACAGUCCUUCGUUGCCUCGGCGUUGCCGCUGCGGCAGUGGAUAUGGCUUCCAUGCUGCGUAACCUGGUGGAGACUAUGAAGAGGCAUCCAGGACCUCUACAGCGGAUCGCUUGCGACAUCAUGACCUUGUGUUGCCUCCCCGACAUGUCCGGCGAUGAAACAUCCAACGCCUCGCGGGAGCAGCUGUUGGAGCUAGAGGCGCAGCAGGUCAUAGCAGACGCGAUGCGGAAGAAUUUAGAGGUCACGGAGCUGCAGGACUCUGCCUGCGCCUCCCUGCAGCGCCUCGCCAUGACGGAGGCCCGGCUGGGCGGCACGGAGGAUGCGCUGCUGAGAGCCUUGGAAGCGCAGCCGAACUCGCAGGACGUGCAGAUCCGUGCCUUGGACCUCCUUUCAGCCUUCGCUCUCCGCGGUUGCCGACUGGUGCUGCUACCAGCGGUGCCGUUGGCGUUGCGGGCGCUGCGGAGCUAUGGGCAGGAGAGCCCCGGCUUGGCGGAGGUCUCUGUUCGUUUGUUGCUUCGCAUGUUGGACGACAGCGCUGCUCCUAUAGAGGGUCCAGAAGCCAUGGAAGGCAUUGCGCGGAGGGUCUUGGACUUUCUGGACGAAGGGCCGAGCCUGGCCAGCAGGACCCUCCUCCGGCGCCUGGCGCGCGACAGCCACGAUGUCUGCACCCGACUCCUGGCGGCCAAUGGGGUGCCGCCGGCCGCGGAGGCCGAUGCCCCGGUGUUGCUGACGCUCCAACUGCUGACCCAGCUGGCCCUGCGCCGCGCCGCGCGCGCGUCGUUGCGCGGCUGCGCGGCGGUGAAGUGCAAGGCGCUAGAAGCCUUGAGGCUGAAGGAGCUGGACAUGGAAUCUGAGUUUCGUGAUGCCCUGACGGCCUGUGGCGAAGCUGCAAAGGUUCCUGCUGCCUCUGGAGGCGCCGAGGACGAGGCGGUGCCGGAGGUCUUGGAGCUGCUACUGGAGCAGCUGGAGGCGCGGAGAAACCAAGGCAUUUCACCCGGCAAUGGUUUCCUCACGGUGCAAAACCUCCUUUGCGGUUCCUCCGCCGACGCCAAAGUGCGCCGGCAGCAGCUGUUGCAGCGCGGCCUGCUGCGCCACAUGGCCGUGGCCGCGGCGCACAGCAUGGCCUCGACGCAGAGUUUGGCGGCGCAAGAAACGGCGCAGAGGAUGCAGUUGGAGACAAUCUUGAUGAUUUGUCUACAUACCUUGGGCAGUUGCUGCGAUCCCAACGACCAGGACUUGCUGCCAGAGGAGGUGCUCUCCAUGCUGAUCAGCGGCCUGGGUACCGGCUGGGCUUUGGAAGUCAGGGAGCGGGCAUGUUUCCUCCUGUGCUACUUGGCAAACUCCAAUCAGAAGGUCAAAGAUACCUUGCUGGCAGGAGGUGCUUCACUGUGGAAGUCGCUGUUGGAGGUCUUAAAGGAUCACUUGGCGUCGGAGGUCGACGGGAAUGAUGGGAGCGAGGAUGAGGAGAUCCUGCUGGAGCUCAACCUGCCCGACGGUUCCGGUGGAAGCGACUCGUUGAGCGCGCCGCUGAGGGCCAUGCAGCUGAGGGAAGCGGAGCUGCUGCUGGAAGCUAUGCAGGCGCUUCCGUUUGAAGCUCGAGUGCAAGUCACGGCCUGCACCACCCUCCGUCGUUUGGCGCUGCUGGCCAUGUCAGCCCUGGCUACGCCUGACACGGGGCGCCCGAGUUCGGCCCAGUGCUUGGCGCUGGUGCAGCGCUUGCCACGGGGCAUGGCAAAUACGGUGCAGGCGAUGAAACAACACGAACGCUCCGAUGAGGUGCAGCGGGCCGCAGUGCUGGCUCUACAAGCGCUCACACGUUUGUGCUCCAGCUUGGAGGGAGAAGAUGUGGCCAUCCAACGCGUAGUAGACCUUGAGACUGUGCCCAUCUUAGCGCGAGCCCUGCGGAACUAUCCGGAGGAUCCUCAGAUGCAAGAGCGUGGCCUGGACGUGCUGCGUCUGCUGAGCACCCGCCGCGACGCGGUGACGCAGCAGCUCUGCAGGGACGAAACGUUUGUGCCGGCGGUGGUGGAAGCCAUGAAUCUGAACAUCUCGAAACCCAAGAUUCAGGAGUAUGGUUUAUCUUUGCUUGCUGAAGUCGGAUGGCAAGGCGUGGAGCAGCAGCGUGUGGUGCUGAGCCAACUGGGUGUGGAGACGGUGGUCAGGGCGCUGAAGGCCUUUCCUAACAGUGGCGACGUGCAGACCGUGGGGCUUGCUGCGGUGCAAGCGAUCACCAGCGACAACGAGGAAUGCCGUGUGAAGUUCUUCUCCUUGUGUGAAAUCCUGGAGAUCGUCCUGCAGGCUAUGGGGAACUUUCCAUUGCUGGAAGGGGUGCAAGCGUUCGGCUGCGCGGCGUUGAUCUCCUUGGCCCACAGCCGGUCGGAACGCGUCGGCGCGCUGGCAGAUCUCAACGGCGCCCUGGGAUGA